UGGCACUGGCGAGUGGGGGGGGUGAGGAGGUGGAGGAGGAGGAGGAGGAGGAGGUGGCGGCGAGAAGAUGGCGACUUCGAACAAUCCGCGGAAAUUCAGCGAGAAGAUCGCGCUGCACAACCAGAAGCAGGCAGAGGAGACAGCGGCCUUCGAGGAGGUCAUGAAGGACCUGAGCCUGACGCGGGCCGCGCGGCUCCAGCUCCAGAAGUCGCAGUACCUGCAGCUGGGCCCAAGCCGGGGCCAGUACUACGGUGGGUCCCUGCCCAACGUGAACCAGAUCGGGAGUGGCACCGUGGAUCUGCCCUUCCAGCCCAGCGGAUAUCUGGGGGAGGCCCUGGCGGCGGCUCCUGUCUCUCUGACACCCUUCCAGUCCUCGGGCCUGGACACCAGCCGAACCACCCGGCACCACGGGCUGGUGGACAGAGUAUACCGAGAGCGUGGCCGGCUGGGCUCGCCACAUCGCCGGCCCUUGUCAGUGGACAAACACGGACGGCAGGCGGACAGCUGCCCGUACGGCACCGUGUACCUCUCGCCGCCCGCGGACACCAGCUGGAGAAGGACCAAUUCUGACUCUGCCCUGCACCAGAGCACAAUGACACCCACCCAACCAGAGCCCUUCGCAGGCGGGUCCCAGGACGCACACCAGAAAAGAGUCUUACUAUUAACAGUUCCAGGAAUGGAGGAGACCACGUCGGAGACAGAUAAGAAUCUUUCUAAGCAAGCAUGGGACACCAAGAAGACGGGGUCCAGGCCCAAGUCCUGCGAGGUCCCCGGGAUCAACAUCUUUCCAUCCGCUGACCAGGAAAACACUACAGCCCUGAUCCCUGCCACCCACAACACAGGGGGCUCCCUGCCCGACCUGACCAACAUACACUUCCCCUCCCCCCUCCCGACCCCGCUGGACCCUGAGGAGCCCACCUUCCCCGCGCUCAGCAGCUCCAGCAGCACCGGCAACCUCGCAGCCAACCUGACUCAUCUGGGCAUCGGCGGCGCCAGCCAGGGGAUGAGCACACCCGGCUCCUCAACCGCAGCACCGCCCGCUGGCGUCAGCCCGUUGUCCCUGAGCACAGAGGCAAGGAGGCAGCAGCCCAGCAGGUGUCACCACCCUCUCCCAGCGUCACCCAUCACUCAGGCUGUGGCCAUGGAUGCCCUGUCUCUGGAGCAGCAGCUGCCCUACGCCUUCUUCACCCAAGCAGGCUCCCAGCAGCCGCCGCCGCCGCAGCCCCAGCCCCCUCCACCGCCGCCACCCGCGUCCCAGCAGCAGCCGCCCCCGCCACCCCCGCAGGUGCCCGUUGGCCUCCCCCCAGGUGGCCCCCUGAUGCCAAGUGCCAGCUUGACGCGGGGGCCCCAGCUGCCCCCGCUCGCGGUCACGGUACCGUCCUCUCUCCCCCAGUCCCCCCCAGAGAACCCAGGCCAGCCGCCAAUGGGGAUCGACAUUACCUCGGCGCCGGCCCUGCAGCAGUACCGCGCUAGCGCCGGCUCCCCGGCCAACCAGUCUCCCACCUCGCCUGUCUCCAAUCAAGGCUUCUCCCCGGGGAGCUCCCCGCAACACUCCUCCACCUUGGGCGGCGUGUUUGGGGACUCGUACUAUGAGCAGCAGAUGGCGGCCAGGCAGGCCAAUGCUCUGUCCCACCAGGUGAGCGGGUUUCACAUGAUGGAGAAUGCCAUCAGCUCCAGCAGCCUGUACAGCCCGGGCUCGACGCUCAACUACUCGCAGGCUGCCAUGAUGGGCCUCACGGGCAGCCAUGGGAGCCUGCCGGACACGCAGCAGCUUGGCUACCCCAGCCACAGCAGCAUCCCCAACAUCAUCCUCACAGUGAGGGCCCCUGGCCUGACGGGAGAGUCCCCUCCCAGCCUGUCUAAAGAACUGACCAGCACACUGGCUGGGGUCGGUGACGUCAGCUUCGACUCCGACAACCAAUUCCCCCUGGACGAACUCAAGAUUGACCCCCUGACCCUGGACGGACUGCACAUGCUCAACGACCCCGACAUGGUCCUGGCCGACCCGGCCACCGAGGACACCUUCCGGAUGGACCGUCUGUGAGCUGCACACCCGGCACGUCGCCGCCCAGCCCCCGGCUCCAUCACCCCGCCGGUCAGUGGUCCCGACGGCGUCUCCCUGAGCCCAGGGACGGCCGCGCUCCGUCCUUCGCAAACGGCUGAGCUUGUGAUUCUGAGCUUGCAAUGCCGCCAAGCGCCCCCUGCCCACCCGCCCGUCCCCCCAGCUGUCCACCUCCCUCGGGAGGCCGCGUGUCACCCCCGCGGGCCCUCCCUGCGCGUGCUCUCUCGCCCCCCCACCCUGGGCCAUGAGCCGUCCCCCUGUAAGAUGCGGAAAACGUGUUGGGCAGGGCCGCCGGCCUGGAGGGGGCGAUGUGGUCCACGGCGGCGGUGGGCUGAGGUGCAUUUUCCAGACUGUUUGUCCAGCUUCUCACUGCCUUCCUUCGUUUCCUGGUUCCCCCCAUCCCCAACCCGCCCGCCACCCCCCAGGCCCGAGGUUAGGUAGCGAGCCAGCCCCACCCUGCAAGGGAGAAGGUGCCAGAGAGAGGGCAGACACAAAGUGAAAUAAACACUAUUUUGACUGCUGUCUUUUAUUAUUUCUGAGCACAUUCAGAGAAUGCUACGCUCCGUCCCACGGAGGUAGAAUAUCAAAGGUGUGAACAGAGCAUGGCAAGCAGCUAAAUCUUCCUGGGACCCGAGCUCCCGCUUUGCCCUCCCCCAGCCGGGUCCCUCUGCGGCCGCCUUUGCCCCAAAAAUGAAGCCCCCGGCUGGGAUGAAGGGGCCAGCUGGGGGGUGCAUGUGGAGACCGCGCGUGUUUCUGGGGGUUGUUUUCAUCUCUCAACUCGUUUUCAUCUUUUCUCUGUACCGUGGUCACUGUUACUGUUGUUUAAAGAGCGGGGGUGGGGUGGGGACUGCCAGGGGCGGGUUUUGUUGUGUUUUUGUUUGUUUCUUUCGGUUUUGUAUUUACACUUUGGUUGUAGACGAGUAGCUGACUCCUUCAAUCCAGUACUUUCCUGAGAGCAUGUUUUUAUUCCGGAAAUUCCAUGUUACAUAUUUUUUAAGCUAACUGGACGCGGCCUGCAGCCUGCCGGGCCUGAGCUGAGUCUCUGGUCUCUUUAGCUAAGGCUGAGUGAGGGCAGCUGGGGCCUGCUGGGGUCCCUGGCAGAAGCUCCAGGUGGCCGAGGGGUACCUCACCUCCAGCCACGUGGCAGACUUCCAGGAAGGAGCCACAGCUUUUAUUAAGGGUCCCUUGAAGGCCCACCCCUCCCUGGUCGUCCUCAAGGUGCCUGCUGCUCCUCAGGAAGGACUAGGCCCAGACUCUGAGGCUGGCGGCAGCAGCAGCCCCUCUGCCUCCCCUCACCACCACCAGGGAUGAGGCUGCCCUCUCGCCCCACCCUGCCCCGAGAACUGGCUGACAUUCGUCCCCUCCAGCCGUCCUUGUCACGGCUCCUCCCAUCAGGGCUGGCUCCAGAGGCCAAGAGCAGUGUGUGUUGUAGGGGCAGCCUUCCAGGAGGCUGAGGUGACCCUCGGGGCAUGGCCACCGUGCUGGGGGCUAUCCCUGGGCCUGGGAGGAGGUGACAGGGCUGUCUUUAUUUUCUGUCAGCUGCUCUGGGAUUGGGACUGCUGUCUCAGUCCCUCCAAAGCUGCACCUUGAGCAGUGGCUGGCUCUGCGGCCUGCAGGCCGGGCUGGCACCCUCUGCUCGGUGCGUUUCUCUGUGGUGUCCCAGCCACUGUCUCUAGGUCUUUCAAGCCCUCGGCUCUAUCCGCGCGGGAGCCAGAUUCCAUCCUAGUCACAUCCCUCCCUCUCUUCCCCGGGCCAGGCCAUUAGCAUCUGGCCAAGCGACUGGGCAGCCCCAGGCGUGAGAAGGCCCCGUCCUCAGUUAAUUGACCCCUGCUGCCCGUGUCUGGGCUGGGGGACACAGGGUCGGUCUCUCCAGGUCGGGGGCCCAGCCUCUUACCAAGGCAGGGGCUGGGAGCAAAGAGUGAGACUUCUUCUUCUUCUUCUUCUUCUUUUUUUAAAAGAAAAAACUACAUGUACAUAGAAGAGUUUGAUUACCAUUAGACUUGUGUGUAGAACUUUUUAAAAAAAUGGCCUUAAUAAAACUACAAGCAACCUUCCUGGAUGCAAUUUUCAAAACAAGGCUUUGGGGACCCCCGUGAGGGAGCCUCGUCUGCCCGUACUUCCUGCCUGCUCGGCGCCUGGCUCUCAGCGCAGGUGGGCAGGAGAUGGUGGAUGUCCACCCCUGCAGCCCGUGUCCGGCAGCCCCUUGGUUUGGGGGGGCACGGGAGACAUUGUAUUUACGUGGCCACUUUCGCCCAGGAGGGGCAUAGGUGCAGUUUUCCGAGGGAGAGGGUCCCAGCCAGGAGCCAGUGGCCAGGCGUCCCUGUGUCCUCAAAAGGGUUCACACCCCUGCCUGGGCCUGGGCAGGCCUCCUGAGGUCGUAGCGGGGGAUUUUGCUUAUUUCGUAAAUAUUGCUUCUCUACUAAGUAUUCUUGAAUUGCCAAGAUUUCCUGAAACAGGACAGCCUAAGGGAACCAGCCCUUUGACUUGUGAUGUGAAAUACUGUGAUUUCAGGCAAGCUGCGCUGUGAGGGGUGGGCCGGGGCCCCUGAAUAUUGUACAUAGACCCGCCGCCUGUGUCCUCGCUCGUGUGCUCGGGACGGGCCUGGAUGCUCAGCCCACGUGAAGUCAGAGGCCAAGCCAGUCUGUCCCCCUACCGCUGCCCCCCUCCCCCGCCUUGAGUGCUCCCAAUUUCAAUCCCUUCAGCUGUGCGACCUUCUGCCCUGGGAACAAGCUGAACAGUAUGUUCCCACCUGCCUCAGUUUACCCUCUGUCCCCCAAGCCCACAGGACAGUGAGUUGUUUACCCCCAGGGAGGCUUGUGGGCCAAAGUAGAGCCCGGGAUCAGCCCCUCUGUGUCCUCCAGAGAAGAGGGCUUCUGCCCCUGUCCCCUCAACACCCAUCAGAGUCACCCCCCACAGUGUCCAGGACUCAUGUGGGGGAGGAGAAGGGGUCUUGUUGGGACCAUAUUCCCUGUGACAGGUACCCAUGCCAACCUCCAUCCCCACUGAGUCCUUUCCGGGGGAAGACAGGCAGUGCUCUUCAGGACGUACUGUGGCCCCCUCCUUGUUCUCCUCAUCCCCCCCAGCUUCCUCCUGACGCUCUUUUGGGCAGGAAGGGUUGGGGGGUGCCAACCCCUUGGGGCAAGGAGGCCUGAGACCCUCAGUGGAAAGCUCAGGAGGCAGGUUGACCCUUCCACAAAAUAUAGGGGCCCCCAGCUGGCAGAUUCAAGAACUGUGUAUGCUCUCCUCUGGGGACAAAUCAGAGCGGAAGGUGCCCUAAAUGGGGUAAGUCCAGUCCCCCCUGCCACUGCGCUCCAGAGAACUCCCUGGGAGCAGCUAGGCCUAAGGGAAGGGCAUCCAUGUGUGUUUUGGCCCUUUCCCCAGAUACACCUCCAUGCAGAUCUCCCUUUGGGCUUCUGAGCCACCUGCCUACCCCGGGCUUGUGCCUUGAGGGCAGGGGUCCUGCCUUUGCAGGCCUUUUCUUGUCUCUUUUGGGGCUUGGGGGGCUGGGAAAAGGGGUUCUGAUGUCUGUGUGUUUGGCCUGAUUUCUUUGGAUGGCUGAGCUCCCCAGAGAGUGCCUAGCCGGGUGGGCCCUGUUGCGAGGCCCAUGUGUCAUAGUGGGGCAGGCAAGGAUGGGUGUGCAGCAUGAGGAGACCCCCACAUGGAGGGUGAGAAGGCUCCACAUCCAUCCAGAUGUCCUGGGGUGGCGGUCUGGUUUGUGGGCUGUGUGCCAGGUGCUAGCUGCGGCCUGGUCAGGCAGGAUGGGAGCCAGUGCCCAGGCUGUGGGGAGCUGGGUUGCCUACCCCCAUCCAGCAUCCUGGGCCUGGUGAGCCCCCGUGAGGGACUGUCCUUAGAGGGGCCCUCAGUGGAGCUGAGGACACAUGGGAAUGUGCCCCCCUCCCCAGGCCUCCACAUCUCAGCCAACCCUGAGCUGGUUCAUAACCAAACAUCCUUCCAGACUUCCACCCCCAGCUGGAUUAUGGGUUUUCUGCAUUUCCAAAGAAGGCAUCCCCACUCCUGGGUACAGGCUGGGUGUGGUAAGGCCUGUUGGUACUGGGAGGCCUUCCACCCCCUACCCUGGUCCUGACAAAGCAGCAGCAGCACCUAUCACCUUCCCUGGCAUCUGAUGGAGCCCUAGGUCAGAGGCCACAGAGGUUCUCAGUGUGGGGGUAGAGUGUGGGAGCUGCAAGGUCAAGGGUACCUUGUAUCCUGGUCUUGGCCCAUCGCUCCUGCAGGUGCCACUGCAGGUAAGGGAGCUCUGGCCAUCAGAGCCAGUCCCACUUGGCUUGAAGAGCUGUCGGGGGGGCGGGGGCGUACUGUGUGCUUCCCCCACUGCUAGAGGCCUGCCUAGGGUGAGUAGGCAGCGGGGUCUGUUGCUGCCCCACCUCCUGGGGGUUCCUGAAUCACUCCCCCAUCAGGCCCUGCCUGGCUGGAGCUGACUCUGUCCUUGGUUUCUCUUGAUCUUUGGCCUCCAGGAUUCCCGGUUGGGUGGGGCCCAGGCACCUCUCAUUACCCUUCCUGUGCUGCAGGCAACUGGCCACAGACCCGUUCUCUCUGAAGUGGCCACUCCCCAGGAGGGAGGUGGGGUGACCUGAACCCCCAGGCCUGGGCACUGGAGUACCCUCAGAGGUAUUGGGGUGGGCCACGGGUAAUGGGAAAAAGACCUUUGUGACCCAGGCCUCAACUUCCCUCCUGUCACUGGCUCAGACCCAUGGGUCUUAGGGCCUCCGGCUCCUCCCUGGCAGGGUCAGGGAUAGGGGCUAGACAUGAGAGCGUUGCUGGCUCCAGACAGGUCCCUCUGCCUUGUAGGGGAGGGCGUCGCCCCUGUUUAGCAGGGUUCUGGAGCUCAGGGGCCGUCAAUGCCCAGCCCAUCCUAGCCCACCACUUCUGACCUCUUGCCCACUCGGGACAGGUGGACAUAGCCGUGGCCUUUGCCACCAGGCCCUGAGAGGAGGGCUUUGGCAGCCAAGGUCUACCUGCCCCACUGUGCCCCACUUUAGGAGAGUGCCCCCCAGGGGGCCGGGCUGGCCCACUGAUAUAUGCAAACCGCCCUCUGAGCCCUGCUCCGCCUCUGUUCCUCUGUCCGCAGGCUGGCUCUCCCCCGCCCCCAGCAUGUACACUCUGCUGUGGAUGUCCCAUGGGCCGUGGGUUGGGUGCCCACGGCGGGUGGGGGCGGGCGGCUCAGGGCGCACUCGGCCGGCCCCUGCCCAUCCCUUCUGGCGUGGACGCUUUUGUCUUUGUACCUUUGCAUCCUUUGUAAUGAAACAUAAUAAAAAUCCAAUGUUUUCG